CUCGCAUGCAACUACGAUGGCCACUGCCUGCCAAUACAUCCACACGCGUCUCACAGUAGAGACUUCGAAAUCAUCCACUGCACGAGCUAGCUAAUCCCCCGCCCGCUAAAUUAGGCUGACAACUCAUCAGCGAGCAAGUGGGCCGACCAAAUGCCCCCCCACAUAUACACACACGUGUGACCGCCCCACCCUCGGUCGUCACGGGCAACACGGCGCCCCAUCUGCCUGCUCAUCAUGCUUUCCUGCCGCUAUCGUCACGGGCACCGCCACGCCCCACGUUGGCGAGAAACAGAACGCACCGACGCCGAAACCCAGUAUGACACAGAGGAACAGACCUGCAGCGAGGGCAGCCAGAUACUCAGACAGACAGACAUAUGCAUGGUGGCUGGAGAGACGGAAUAACGCCGUCUGUCUGUCUGUCUGGCUGUCACUGCCUCAAUCGACACAUACCUGCGUUAAACGUCAUGGUGACGAGCAUGAGGCCAUAAUCGAGGCCCAGUGUGACGGUGGUGAGGAAGCUGCAGUGUGGCGACACACAGCAGCCAGGUGAGGAACGGAUGCAGUCUUCGUUCCAUACACAGCCUCCGUACCUUCUGAUGAGAUUGUGUUUGAGGUGCUGCCGUGAGAGCAUGGCCUUGACGGCCUGCUCCUGCUGCUCCUCAGGAAUGACCACGAUGGCCGAGCAGUAGGCCUCCGCUGACGUCCCAUUGGCCCUCCCGCCCUCAUCCAUCGCGUGAUAAGCCUUACUCCCCUCCCCAUUAAGCGCCGUCCCCCUCUCAGCGGGCGAGAGGAAGGCCUCGCGCGUCGUUCCCGCCCCUACUGCCGUCUGAGAUGACUGGCUCGCCACCUGCCGCUCGGUGCUGCCGAAGGACUGCGAGCCUUUGCGUGUUGGGGUGAUAAUGGCGAUGGUCUCGAGCUCACGGUAGGAGCCAUCUUUGCCCCAGAAGCCGGGCGUGCGUGCGCUGGCGGAAGGGAGAGAGGCGUCGAGCUGUCCUCCAGAAUGUGGGUCCAUGUUGGACUCGUCCGACGAGAGAUGGAGAGAGGAGCGGGACCAGUGCUGCUCGACGUCACGACGCACCUUCUUGAGCCACAUCGACAGCACCGCCGCCGCAAACACAAUGAGGGCGGAGAGGGCGAACUGGAGAGGGGUAGUCGUGCUCCACCACCUGUUGGAACCAAACAGGCAGGGCAUCGCAUCGUACGGCAUGAGACCAUACCGUCUUCCUUCUCUUUGCCCCACUGACUUGAAGAGUAUGGUGACAUUCCAUCCCCAGUAGAACCACAUCUGCAUCAUCAUCAUGUCCAUCCCUCCACCGCCAUCCAUUCCAUCGCAGGCCAUCGUAGAGUUGCUAUCCGACAUGGUCAUUGACAACUCUCUCCAAUGGCUCCUGAAGCAGGCCACACACCAAACACAGGAGCCAUCUUUAUCGCGCGGUCGCCACUGCCACUGCUUCAGUGAACCUUACUGAGAGAAUCUGCUGGAGCACUGAGAGAAGAGAAGAGAAGAGGGAAGAGGUGAGAGGGAAGAGGGACAAGGGAAUGGGACAG